CCUGUGCCCCCUUCAUGCUGCACGUCCACAGCCAAUGGGCUAUUUAUUCUGCCCUCUAGUCCCCACAUCUUCAGCCUUCCCCCCACUUGUAAGGAAACCGCGAAACCAGGCAUAUAUGGAAGUGUUCUGAGGAUCUCCCAGGUCGGGAGCAUUGGUGGUGAGUGAGAAAGAUGAGGAGAAAAGAGACUUUGUCUCUCCUGUGUGCUCAGGCAGAGCAAAGUGUCGGUUCAGAUGUACCAGUCACAGGUGGCAAAGCUGAAGGACGACAUCUCCAAAGAGGCCGAAGAAAAGGCGCUGCUGAAGGAGGCCCUGGUGCACAUGGAAGAGCGGCUGCACCGGGAGAAGAGGGUCACCAGGGCGAUCAGGCAGCAGAAGGGAGCUUCCUGCCAGCUGACGCCUUCCCCGGUCCUCCCAAAGCCGCCAGCUCUUAUGGGAUGCGCUCUUCUCUUUGGUGAAUAUGACUCGGCCACGGCCAAGAAAGGACCCAGAUACCUUUUGUGAAUGGGCUAAGGCUGGGA